AUGCAGCCCCGCUCACGGGCAGAGCGCCAUCGAGAGGCGGCGGCCGCCGCCGCCGUCAGUGAGGAGGCUGUCCAACAGGAAUGGAAUUCCCAGCGGGAAGUGCGUUUGCAGCAGAGGGUCCUGGAGCGCUUCAAAGACAAGGAGCGUGAGGUGGCACAGAUGGAAGCUGCCGCAAACCUCAUGGAAGAGGGUUCAGAAGAGCGCGGCGACCUGCUGAGGCAGGCAGUGCAGCUCCGAGUCGAGCUCGAGAGGGCCCAGGCCAAGAACCCAGAGCUCAAGCAGAUGCUUCAGGCGGAGGCUCAAGCCGCACAGGCAGCCAAAGACAAGCUGGCGCAGGCGGCACAGGAAGAUGGCAAUAAGAUUCCCAAGCCAGCCGCCUUUGAUGAUGCUAAAGGGGCCAAGAAAAGCCUCUUUGGUCCCAGUGCCGGGGCCGCCGGAGGUGGCCCAGCGGAAGCUCGGCUGUUUGGGCUUCCCUCUAGGCCUCAAGCCGCACAGCCUUGCGGAGAGGCGCCGCAACAAGGCCCUCCACAAGUGGAGCCACAGCCGCAAUUACAGCCGCAGAUGCAGCCGCAGAUGCAGCCGCAGCCGCAGCCGCAGUUUGGCGCGACCGUCCUUCCGGCUGCCCUGGCAUCACCGGGACGGGCCUCGCCCGGACGUGCACCUGAGCAUGGGAGCCAAGCUCUGGGAGCGCCCUCACCCUCGGCGCCGUCCAUGCCGUCCAUGCCCUGCGCGCCCUCAAUGCCCUCAAUGCCCCAAGUCUCCGGCCUCGAAGGCCUGGGUGCUGCAGGAGACGCAGCGCAGAUGGAGCGUCGCAGGAGGCAGGAGGAGAUGAGGCGAGUCUUGGAGGAGCAGAUCGCGCAGAAGGAGCGUGUGAUGCCACAGCAACAGCAGGGAUCGCCCGUGCACAUUCACGCGGCUCAGGCUGCGCCAGCUCCUACCUCACCUUCGGCAGGCAUCUCUCCUUCGGGCCUCGGCGGCUUUGGGAUCGCCCCAGAAGCAGCUCACCUGGACCGGCGCAGGAAGCAGGAGGAGAUGAGGCGCGCUUUGGAAGAGCAGAUGGCUGAGAAAGAGCGCCUUGCUUACGCGGAGAAGCCCAUGCCCGGCAAUUUACCAGAAAACUACGGCAUGGGACACAACGGUCAUCCCUUUAUACACCCCACGCAGGGCACGCCGUCAGGCAUGCAGGGGAUGCCGGGGAUGCCGGGGAUGCCAGGGAUGCCGGGGAUGCCGGGGAUGCCGGGGAUGCCGGCGAUGCAGGGGAUGCAGGCGAUGCAGGGGAUGCAGGGCAUGCAGGGGGUGCCGCAUGCACCUGGCAUGGCCAUGCACGGCCCACAUGGCCACGGCCCGCAUGGCCACAGCCCGCAAGGCCAGCCGGGUCCUGGCAUCGGUCCUCAAGGUCCAGGUCAAGGGGCCCCGGGGCCUUCGGCUGGCGUCGAUGGGCUCGGUGCGGCUGGAGAUGCCGUGCAGCUGGAAAGGCGCAAGAAGCAUCAGGAGAUGAAGCGUGCCCUGGAGGAGCAGAUCGCAGAAAAGGAGCGGCAGAAGCGCGAAGCUCAGGCAAGGCGACGGACAUCGGAAGUUCCAGGAGCCGGACAGGCAGCGCAGAUGCAAGGCCUCCAGCCUGUGGAUGCGUACAAUGGGUACAUGGACUACCAGCAGCUGGGAAUGAAUCCGAUGCCUGGCAUGCAGCCUGGCAUGCAGCCUGGCAUGCAGCCGGGGAUGCAGCCUGGCAUGCAGCCAGGCAUGCAACCAGGCAUGCAGCAAGCAAACAUGCAACCGAGUCUGCAGUACCAGCCAAACGGGCAUCCGAACAUGCCAGGCCUUGCCCCGCAGGGUGGAAUGCCUGGCAUGGGUGGUCUCGGUUCCAUAGGCCCAGGCAUGGCUCCGAUGUACCAGCAAGGCCUUCAACAGGGCUUUCAGCAAGGCCAGCAAGGCCUUGGCCAGGGCUUUUCACCUCACUUGGCACAGCCCGGACCUGGCACCCCAUCAGCCGCAGCACAAGGACCCUUGGGACGUCUGGGGGAACCAGAUGCCGGACAGGACCAGCGCCGAAAGAAGCAGGAGGAGAUGAAGCGCAUGCUGGCCGAGCAGGUGGCAGAGAAGGAGCGCAAGAAGAAGGAGGAGGAGGCGCGCAGAAAGCAGGAGGAGGAGCGAGACAAUGAGAGAAUCCGCCGGGAGCAGGCGGCAGAGGAAGCGAGGUUGGAGGCCCGCAGGCAAGAGGAUGAGGCGAAGAAGCGUGCCCUCGUUGAGGAAAACGAACGUGCAGCCGUGGCAAGGCAGGGACAAGAGGAGGAAGACGAGCCGCCCGGGCCGUUGCCACCACGGAAGCCCAUGGCGCGGAGAUCCAUGCGAGGCACGGAGGACCAGGGCUUUGCCAGCGACCGUGGCACGCGUUCGGACCUCUUCGGCUUGCCACAGGCCCAGCCGGCGCAGCCGGCGCCGGUGCAUGCACACCACAGCGCGUUCAACACAUCUCCGAGCUCUUCACCCCUACCUUGGGAAAUGGGAGGCGCAGUUGGGGCAAUGCCGGCCAGCUUUCGCGCAGCUCCAGGACCCGCUGGAACUGCUGGAGCUGCCGGAGCUCCUCCUGUGAACGACAUGCUGCAGGGCUUGAUGCACCAGCAGCAGGAGUUGUAUCGCCACCAACAGGAUGCGCUUGCUCGUCUUCAGGAGGAGGCUGACCGAUUGCGCCAGGAGAAGGAGUGUGCCCGGCAAGACCUCCUGGACAUGAAAGCAAGGCAGCUGGAAGAGAAGGAGAAGGAUGUGAAGAAGCUGCAGCGCAAACUGCAAAGACAGAUGCUCCUGCAGAGCAGCAACGCACCCGGCCAGGCUCCUCUGCACAGUAUGCUUCCUUCAGUUUCUUCAACACCGGUGGAGGGUAGGUCAGGCAUGGGCGGACCUGCUGGCGAGCUAUGGGGAGGGUUUUACUCGAAGUACGAGGCUGUUGAUUCAAGUGCUGAUGGCCCAAGUGGAGAAUCUGAUGCAUCACGCUGGGAGCCUGGAUAUCCUACCGACGACGAGCUGAGCCAGCUGAGGCAGGAUCCCCACACAAGGAUGACAUCUGCAAUCCCUUCCGAUCCACACGCGUGGCCAGUGGCGCCUGUGCCCUGGCUGCAGCCAGCCGAAGCCGAAGCGGCGAACCUGGAUUUUCCUCACAUCAGUGCAGAGGCCCCUGAACCCUGUGCGGGCGAGGCUUCCCUAUUCGAAGACAGUUGGGGCAAGCCCUUGGAAAACACAGCUCAGCUGGAUGAGCGGCUCGGGAACACUGCCGUUAGCGGCAUUGGUAACCUAGGCAACGAGGCUACACAGAUGCUGGAGGGCACUCUCGUUGGGGAUUCAAAGUUUGUGCAAGCGAACACUUUGGGUGCAACUUGGAUCGGGGCCGAGCGAGAGGAAGAGAGGCUGAAAGCCAGUGCCUCACUCAGCAAGAACCUCGCCAUCAGCGCUCAUCUCACCAUGCAGCCCACAACCGAGCCAGCGGAGCCAGCGGGGCCCACGGUUGCCGAAGACAGCCCGAGGGCUUCAGAGCCGCAUGAUGCUCAUGAUGCUCUGACUGGAUCUGGAGGCUUUGCAGAAUUUGCAGACUACUUUCCCCCGCAAGACAGCAAACUCAGUGAAGGCGAAGAUCCAAGCGAUCCCUUGAGUUUGUUGCAGGGUGCGGUCAAUGCGAUCAGGGAGGUGCGUGCAGAGGUGACACAGGCCAACACCAGCUCCAGCUUCGCAGGCGCGGGCCCAUCCGAUGCACCCUUCAGUGCACGUGAAGGCGACGAGGCUCCCUCAGAGUCCUGGGAGGGGGUCUUGAGGCAAUUUGGGGCCGACCAGGCCGACCUCAAAGACUCCAAGGGGAGCGACAAGGGGAGUGACAAGGGUGACAGUCGUGACAAGAGUCUCAAGGGUCUGGUCAUCUCUAAGCCUGGCCGGCCCCCUCGCAGAGCUCGGCACAAGGAGCCUGAUCUGGACGCUGGCCAUCCUGGUGGGUAUCCGAUGGAAGAGAUGCCAGAGAUGUCACCCGAUCUCCUGAUGUCAGGCUCAGGCCAACCGGAUAGCCUCGACUUUCUGCAGGGCUUGGGCUUGGCUGACCUAGCCGCAAGCACUAUGGGCACAACUUCUUUGGAUGGUCUUGGCACCCAACGUCCCAUUGCCAAGGACGACUUUGCAGCCUUUGCUGCAGCCACGCCAGAGGAUUUCGAUGCAUUCUUGUCCAGGCUCCGAUCGCAGCCAUCGCCGAGUCAGGAGAAGCCUGAAGGCAAGGACAGCGCACGGGGUCGGCAGCCCGUAGCUGGAAGUGCUGGUGUCUCUGCAAAGGACAGGGCAAAGUUUGGAUCACCGACCUUGCGAGCUGCUGCUGGCUCCCUGCUUCAAGAUCGCCCCGCCUCCGGACAAUCCCAGAUCAGCGGGGUAAGUGCGAUAAGCGCUGGCCGUCCAGGGAGCGGGGGGAGCGCCGGCAGCCUGAACAGUGGCGUUGCUCUGCGAGACUUGCGGAACCAACGGCGCAAGCCCAGAACCACGGAAGACUAUUUAUCACAUGACCUCCCAGUUGGCGCUGCGCUUCCUGAUGCCGGUCCGGGGACUAGUUUGCAUGCCACCCUCCCGGUUUCCGUACCACGUGAGCCCAGUGCGCUGCAAGCAUUGAGAGAGGAGCGCCGCAAGAAAGAGCGCGGCGUCGGAGACUGA